CGGGUGGGACUGGAUGACGGUGCUUAAACCUUGCCCCGGGGGUGUGAAGGUUCGGGACGGUGCGGGUUCCGUGAGCUGGGCGGACAUUCAUUGUGGGGAGCUAUGCAAGCGACGAUUUGUCGAGAGAUGUGAGCGUCGUUGAGUCUAGCGUGGGCGGGGAAGAAUCAGAAAGACGACGACGACGAUGACAGCUGCUGCUGCUGCCAUGGCCACGGUGCCGGUGUCGUCUCAGCAUUUGGGAUUUCGUUCGAGCCAUUUCGUCGCUUUGCCUGGUGCUUGCCUGCCUCUGCCUCUGCCUCUGCCUCUGCGCUUGCGUCGUCGUCAGCAGCAGCAGCGCUCGGUCUCUCUGUCGGUCUCCGUCAGAGCCGUGCACGACGGCGCCUCCUCCUCCUCCUCUCAGUUUUGCAGGUCGCGCUUAGAAAACAUUAUCUCUGUGGUCGCAAGACAUCAGGCUACACACUUGGUGGUGCGACCUGGAUCACCAAGACAAAGAGACAGGGGCGGUCGACUUGCCCGUGCCGUAUACGAGGAUGAUAAUGGUCUUCCAGAUGACGCUAUCUCCGAUGGUCCUCUUGAAGAACCCGAGUACUUCAGCUACAAUGAUCCCAACACAGGCGAACCUGCUCCUACGUAUGGAAUUCGAACGCCUCUGCCGGACAGGCGCUUUUGGAAUGAGGACAUGGUCGACAUUACCAGAUCUACUCAAGCGACAACUCCCUUUGAUUCGUCACGGAUCGAUUUUAGUGAACCCUCGGAGAAGAGGAAAAUGUCAGGGGGCAGGAGGAGAAAGAACGACCUACCACCAACGGAAGCACAGAUUGCUCGUGCUAAGGAAGAAGAAGCUGAGAAUGAAGCCUUAUUACAGAGCUUGAAGGAAAAAUUCAGUUCCGAUGAGGAGGAUGAGCAGACAGAGAUUAGCUACGUCGACUCCGACGACGAGGAAGAGGAAGAAGAGGACGAAGAUGGAGAAGAGGAAGAAGAAGAUGAAGAUGGAGAAGGAGAGACGACUUCUACAGUUUUGGAUGUGGCUGUCGAAAGCCCCGACGAGUCCACCUUAGCUCUUGCUACAAUUGACAACGGCGAGGUAGAUCUGACCAAAGAUUCAAAGCCCUUAACAAACGAUGAACUGUGGUGGAAUUGGCGCAAACCUCCACCGGAUCAGAAACCUUGGAGUGCCUGGCAAAAGCGAGCAGGAGACUGUGAUACUGUCAUGGCAGCUGCUAUGGCAGAGACGGGGCAGAUUGAGCUUUUUGGAGAGAAACCUACAAUUGCCGAGGCGACUCUUGCACGUGCUCGAAAACGAGUUUUCUAUGCUGAGAGGAUGGAGGCCGAGGAGGCCAGGAAGAAGGAAAUUGGAGCCAUGGCAUACUACAAGGAGUGGGUAAAAAACUAUAAUGAGGAGACAUCUAAGGAAGCCGUCCAACGGCGCUUUGAAGAAACAGGAGAGGAGGAAGGUGUGCAGCUUCUUGACAUGUUUCAGCAUCAGACCAGAGAGGAGUAUCGCGUAAUGCAAGGAACGGAUAUCCGAAUUAGACGCGAUCCUCUGACAAUGCGUAUGAGAGAAGACCAAAUCAAGCAAGUUUGGGGAGGUGAUCCUGUGUACCCGACGGUAAACUACGAGCAGGAUCCUGAUUCAAUAGCCGAUUACAGGAACCCGAACAUGCAUGAGCCGAUACCGGACAUCGUAGAAAUGUUACGGGAGUCUGGGCGCUUGAUAACUCAAGAAGAAGUGAAGCGACUGCAAGAUUUGGAGAAGGCUCAGGAGUUGGAGUUUGCUGAGGAUGACAUGCUAUCUGGGGCUGUCGACAUUGGAGACGACGAAGAGGGUAAUGAUGAGGAAGACGAUGAUGAGGACGGAGAAGAUGAACUACCGGAGGUUCCAGUUGUUGCUACCAAGUCCAGCCAGCCGAAAUCGAGUGAACCCAUCGAGGCGGCGUUUAGGCUUGACGAGGAGGACGUGCCGAAGGUCGAGUUACUCGAAGACGAGGACGAGGAGAGUGAGUGACGUAGUUUUGUAGCAGAGCAUUUGAUCCGGAGCCCUUUAGUUCGUCAUAGCUGAGGUAAGGGGAAAAAAGAUAUUAGGCAAUGUAGAUCCAAGAUGACAGGGUUGAUAUUAUGACCCCCAAAGAGCCAAACAAAUCUGUACGUGGACGAUGUGCGUCAGAUUUAUUAUUAUGAAUCGAAAGAAAGAAUGUUCGACCUUCAUGUCUUUCGAGAGUUAUCUCG